AUGAAGAACCCAUCACCGAAGAGGAAGGUGGUUGUUCGGCACUUGCCGCCUUCUCUUUCACAGUCCGAUCUCUUAUCCCAAAUUGACCCUCGUUUCGGUGAUCGUUACAAUUGGCUCUCCUUUCGUCCUGGAAAGUCCAGCUAUAAAAAUCAGAAAUUUGCAAGGGCCUACGUUGGUUUCAAGGCACCAGAAGAUGUUUAUGAGUUCGCUGCAUUUUUCAACGGGCAUGUGUUUGUUAAUGAAAAGGGUGCUCAAUUCAAGGCCGUAGUUGAAUAUGCGCCUUCACAGCGUGUGCCGAAACCAUGUGAGAAGAAAGAUCCUCGUGAAGGGUCUAUUAGCAAAGACCCUGACUAUCUUGAGUUCCUUAAGCUGAUUGCUCAACCUGUUGAGAAUCUCCCUAGUGCUGAAAUCCAGCUGGAAAGAAGAGAAGCUGAGCAAUCUGGUACUUCAAAACCGGCUCCGAUUGUUACCCCUCUUAUGGAAUUCAUACGUCAGAAACGUGCUACUGUGAGUGGAUCUCAGGGUUUAUUAGAUGCUCGAAGAGGAGGCAGAAGAGCCAGAGCAGUCGCUGCAAACAAGCCAAGUUCAAGGCCCUCGAAACGAAACUCUGAGAAGAAAAAGUAUGUGGAAAAAGACAAUUCGAAAAGCGUGCUCCGGAAGGUUACAUCAGACGGCGGGAGCUCCAAGCAAGAUAUACCAGAAGCUGAUACUGGAAAUCAGUCAGCAGCUAUAGAUUCUAUCUUGGAUAGCUCUCUCCCAGGGAUUCCAUUGACUAUGGAUUCUGGGAAGAAGAAGAUUUUGCUCCUGAAAUCCAAAGACCGAGACAAUCCUAGUAACCCUCCGCCACAACUGGACAGGCAGAUGGAGAAUAAUUUAUCUGGUAGCUCCUCGGUUUCAAGACAGAAUUCGAAGAAUGAUGUUGGUGGGAGGUUGAUCAAGAGAAUACUUCUGAAAAAUGAGUUGCGACCAAGCGCGUCAUCAUCUUUUGUUCAGCCUGAGCAAAGAGUCGAACCCUCGGAAGCAGAAAACCCCAAGCGUCCUCCUCGGCCAGCCAACACUCGAGCAGGGAAAGACUAUCAUGCAUCUAGUCCCAUCGGUGAGAAGCAAGAUAGGCGUACGAGAAACAAGGACAGGCCUGAUCGUGUUGUGUGGGCUCCUCGUCGUGGUGAUGGGUCCAGUGUCAACGAGGAUCAACCUUCAUCUUCAGCAGUGAACAAUGGAGAAGUGAAAGAAAGGACGCUCUUGCAAAGAUCUGGAGAAGUUGUGAACUCCUCUGUUGGACACUCUCUUGAGAAUGGUUCUGUUAGAAACUCUAAUCGCCGUGUAGGAGCUCGUAAUAGAAAAGAAGACGGCUUUGUGAUGACUGGUGAGGGUAAAUCAUCCCGGAGAGGAGGAGGUGGUGGUGGUGGUGGUGGUGGUGGUGGUUCCAAUUCACAAGAGAAGCAGAUGUGGAUCCAGAAGUCAUCAUCGGGUACUUGA